AGUCGCCAUCUGGUGCCGAUUAGAAGAAGCCGAAGAUUGGCAAAUAGUAAAAUGGCGAAUAAGAAGAAAGGUUAACACUAUAAUUAUAUAUAUUAUAAAAUUACACAUUUGAAUGUGUAGUUUAUAUUAGCGUAGGAAUUAUUAAAAAUACUAGAGGAAGUAUUAAGAAAACUGAAAAUGGAGAUGUUUGAUGAAUGAAGAAAUGACUCGAUCAUUCAUUUAAGCCUAAAAGCAAUGUUUUGGUUUAAUAUUUGUAAGAAUUGAAAAGUUCAGUAUGUCAAUACAAUCGAUGAGUCUGUUACAUUAAUAUGUGGUUGUAUUUUUUUAUGCAGGAGCUAAAGGUUGUUAAUACAUCUCAUUGUUCAUCUUUUCAUGGUGUCUUCCAUUUGUUCUGGUACAAGUAAAAGCAACCAAAUGCAUGAUACCAUGCCUGUAACACGUUUCCAUACUAAUCAUGGAAAAAAUAUAAUCUUGUAUGACAACAAUAUGGUAGCAUAUCGAAAAGCAAGCUUUGCCCAUGCUAUUACUUUCUCAGAGAAACCUCUUUUACCUGACGAAAUAUUUCUGCUAGAAAUAGAAAAAAAUGAAAGAGGAUGGAGUGGCCACAUGCGGCUAGGGUUAACACAACACAAUCCAUCAACAGCAUUUUCUCUUCCUCAAUAUGCUCUUCCAGAUUUAGCGAACAAAGGAAGAUCAUGGAUAUUUGCCAUUAAUAAUUCGGAUGUGGAAACUGAUCAUAACUUAUAUGCACAUGUUAAACCUCCACCAACUGUUUUAGGUCCUGGUGAACAAGUAUAUACAAGUAGAGGUGUAAUUUCACGCAGCAUGCUACGACCAAUUGCUAGACCUCAUCAAACUGGAGGAAGUUCAGAUGGUGAAGAAUCAGUUGCAAGUGGUUCUCCUACACGAUCAGAUUCAAGUCCUUUAGAAGAUUUUCAAGGAAAUAGAGUAAGCAUUCUUCCAACAGAUGUUGGAAGUCGUAUUGGUGUAAUGUAUGUAAUUCGUGGAGAUUAUGCUGAAAUGCAUUUUAUUGUCAAUGGAGAAGACCAAGGAGCUUAUUCUACUGACAUCCCAUAUCAUGAUGCCCCACUUUUUGCUAUUGUUGAUGUUUAUGGAACAACUAAACAAGUUAGAAUUGUACAGUUAUAUGGAGUUGCAUCUUUGCAAAGUGCUUGUCGAGAUACUAUUCUUCAGCAUGUAUCAUCAGCCGAUGUAUUCUGUUUACCAUUACCAAGGAAACUAAAAGACUAUCUUCGCUAUCAAUCAUGACAUUUUUCCAUCUGUGAUUUAUAAAAUACUAAAUCAUUUUGAAGAAUCAACUACUUUAUCAAAUUAUUGUCAUUAUCAAUCCUUACAGGAAAAAACAAGAAGUGUAUAAUAAUUCAUUAUUUAUUGAUAUUUAAUUAUUAAAGAGCCUAUUGCUUCAUAGUCUG